GUUGCCCAUAGCAACAAGAUUUCAAACAGUGCAAAGAAAAUUUCAACAGAAACUAAAGCUCCAGUGACAAGCAGCUUCACUAGCAAGACAGACGGCACUUUUACGCACGGGAUAGGGGCUGUAUUCUUGGGGCAGGGCAGCAAAGAUAAACAAAGGUUGGAGUGGAGCCCAGUAUUGACACCUCUCAAAGUGCUAAGGGUACACCCAGAUAUUUCAGAGAUGAAAAGUGAAGAAGAAGGGACAUCCUGUCCCAAAGGGGUGCUUCAGUUGCUGUCUGAACUGGAGCAGGGUCAGCGGGAGUUGGAGAGCUUGCGGGAACAGCAGAGCUCGGAGCUGGAGCACAUCUCCGCGUCUUUUGAGCAUUCUAUGCUGGCAGCCCUGCAACAGGAACGGAGUGUGAUCGAUAAAGUUGAGCAGGAUUACCGAGAGACAAGAAGGCGACUGGAGCAGCUUCAGAGGGAGAAUGAGGCAGCGGUGAAGGUCAGCCUGGCCAGGAUUGAUGAGAGGCUACAGGGCCUUGUCCGGAUACAUGCCCAGAUCCAACGGGGAGAAGAGGGACAGGGCUCCUGGCCUGAACACAAUCUUAGCAAAACAAUAACGGAGCUGCUACCCCAGGUCCUAUCUUUGACUGUAAAACAGGUUAGCUUCCACCCGAACCCUAAACUCCCUCCUCCACUUGGAGAGAUCCGGAUCCAGACACAGAUACUCCACUUCCCCAUAGCCUUUUAUGAGGGGCAGCAGAAUAGACACAGGGGUGCCUGGUACUCCAGGCAAGGGAAUGGAGAACAGAACCCGACAAAGAUAAAUGUUGAUCCCCAGCACAGAACCAGGGAGGAGAGAGCAAGAAAGAGGAGCCCCGAUCUGGGAGGCAGCCAGGCCUCAGGGCAGGGUCCAGAGACAACAGGGGAAGACUCUGGGAGUGUUCGGGUAGUGAAGAAGAUCUAUAUCUCUCCAAGGGAUGACUCUGAGGAAACAAAUCCACAAAUAUGUCAUACAGAUAUAACAACAAUCUCACUGGAGAUGAGAAAAGAGUCAGGGGUGAUUGGUCCCCAGGGGAACACCUCUCUUUUUAGUAGUGUACCAACUUCUGGAGAGGGUGGCAGGGAGGUGGCAUCAAAUCAAGGUUUGAACACAGUCAAAAAGGGCCAGAAUGGGGAGUCUAGUGGGUCCCAGACACCACCCCCUGGGGUUGCAGCCUUAGAUCUAUCCUCUCUGUCUCACUCUCAUGCCAUUGAUUCGUCUGCAGGCAAACCUGGAACAGGGAAAUUUGCAAGGGAGGGAGGAGGAAGAGAGGAAAGUGACGAGUGGAGGUUACCCAGCUCAGAUUUGGACUUGUUUCAGGCAACUCCCACAUUCUUUAGUAAUGAAGAGUCAGAUCAGGAAUGUGUGGGAGAAACUCGGGUGGAGCAGAGGAGUGCGGGGAGGAAUGAGGGUGGAGGCAGCUCCCCCUCAUGCAGAGCACAGGUUAUCCUGUCGAGCCGCCUGCCUUCUGCCGGUCACGAGGGGGCAGUAGAGUGGGCAGCAUACCGGGGGUCUGCAGAUUCUGUGGACAGUGGGGGGAAUCCAAAGCAGGGCUACUCAACAAGGAGACACAACAGCGUUCCAAACUCCCAGUAUAGCCAGCAUAGUGAGCAAUCACCGCCCAGGGAGUACAAAUCCAACAAAGCUAAUACUAGACCUAAGCAGAUGGAAAGUAUAUUCAGCCAGAAAGAAAGUAGAUCCGGUCAGGCAUACAUUAGAUCUCAUUCUGAGAAUUCUAGAUGCAUCGUGAGAGGCUACAGGCACAACUCUGGAGGGACACAGACAACCCAAGCUGGGAUUUGGGACAAUCCGAUUAGUCAGAGUUGUCUGGAUCUGUCCCCGAAUUGUAGGCCCCCUCAGAUAUGUCCUGAGGACCCUUUAGAUAGACUCGGAGAGACAGGAAGGACCCCAUCCCCAGCAGACAGCAUUGAUUCCUCAUAUACCUUUAUAGUCAACUCCCCCAGGGAUCACAAUAUCUCUCCCCGGAGCGUGGGACGAGGACUGCACCUCUCCAAAUCUACAGUCGACCUGUCUAGGGGGGGCCCUCCUCUAAUUGAGGCAUCAGGGGAAGGAAGGGGGAGAAAGAGAGAAGUCAGAGGAGAAAGUAGAGAGGACUCAAGACUAGGAAAAGUUUUAAGGCGGCAUGUACCUAGCACCCCUCCACCUUCCAGUCGGGGAGCGAAUGGGGCACAGCCUGGGUGGGCCUCCAAACAUUCCACUGUUCCUGCACUACAGAGUAAGAACCUGCCCCCUACUUAUAAUGUACAUUGUACUCCCCGUCUUGUUUCAAGAUCAAUCUCCAUGUCUUCUAUUGAAAUUCCAGCAGCCCAGUCAAAGCAGGAGAGCAUAAGGUUGAGAACAUCCCAGUUAGUCAGCGAGCAGCAGAGCAGAUUGGGAGUGGGAGGUAAAGGGGGGAGAGUGGGACUGGCUAAACCUAGAAUCAAAGAGGAAGAGUGUGAUUUGGUGGAGCAGGGAGACAGGGAGGGGAAAGGGCAUCUGAUCAGACAGUUUGGAAAACUUGGCUCGGGCCGGGCAGAGUUCAGUCUACCAAGCGGUGUUCACACAACGCCACAGGGGCAACUCUACCUCGUGGAUUGUGGGAAUGCUCGGCUGCAAGUAACGGACAGGCGUGGUAAUGUCCUGCAGCAGGUAUACGCCCAGGGGAACGAAGGGGUCACAAGGCGCAACCGCCGCUGCCGGAAUUACUUUGACGUGGCCGUGAAUGGGAAGGGCCUGAUUGCUUUAAGCUGUGCUGCAGAGCGUGCGCUGCUGAUAUUCAGCCGUCAUGGGCGCCAGCUACAGGCAUUUGGGGGUGGGGGGGACGAAUUUGAGGCCCCAAGAGGCGUGACAGUAAAUAACCGUGAUGAGUUCUUGGUAGUUGAUACUCGACGUGGAACACUCACCUCCCUCAGGCUGGAACCGACCUCUGGGCGCAGGCUCGAGCGCACUGUGGUCCCUGGCUUCAGCAAGCCUUAUCUGGUGGGGACCUGUCUGUACACAGGGCUAGUGGCUGUCUCGGAGAGGGGGAGUGAGACUGGGGGAGAGGCAUGUGUAAAAGUACUGGGCCCUGAUUGGAACAUAAUUAGGGUCCUGGGGUUAAAUCCAAGUCUGGGCCCUGUGCUUUCCUGCCCCUGGGGGGUGUGCAUCAACAGGGAAGGGGAUGUGCUGGUGGCAGAUUGGGGUAAAGAGCAUAGAGUGUUGCUUUAUCCCACCCAGGGAAAAGGGUGGACGAUAGUAAGAGAGGGGUUGAGCAGCCCCAGAGGUCUCACCCUCCUGCCAGAAGGACAUCUAGUGGUGGUAGAUAGCAUGCACAACUGCAUCAAGAUUUUCCAAUAUAAAUAAAAUACCUGUAAUAAAUUGACAGCCUUUUUAUGAAGUUUAAGAUACCUAGUGUCCUCUAUCAGAGCUGGAAAAAAGCCAGUUUUUGCUACCUCGCAAUCCUUAAAGCGUUUAAUCUUGGCCUACCGAUGAUGAAAUUGAACACAAUUGACAAUUUGAAAAACAUAUUAAUGAUCCAAUACAUUUUCACAAGAUUUUAUAUUUAAAUCCACAUUUCAUGUGUAUGGCUUAACGCACUUUAGACCGCAUGUUUAAAUAUGACAAUAACAGCUUCAGUGAGUCUUAAUUGGUCAAGUGCAGCAAAGUUUGUACAGUACCUGCCAAUCAUGUCCAGGAAAAAUAAAUAGGGAACAAGCAAUCCUCAGCUUUAGUAGAGACCUCAAAGCUAAACUGAUAAUUUCUUCUUUGUGCAAAAAUUCUAUUAUUUAAAGAAUUUGUAUUCAAUAAAUGCGUUUGUGAAUAAUUAUAUUAAUACACCUAUAGUUAAAAAGUGUUUUCAGUAAGACAAACAGCUCUACUUAUCAUAUAAACAUGUAGCUCAUUUUAUAACCAUGUUUCUUUUUAGUACAAGUGGAUACAAAUUCAGCAGACAUACUUUUUGAAAAAUAAUCAUUUAAUUAAACUAACCUUUUAUCAUGUAACCUUUUUCCAUUUUUUUAGUUACAUAUUUAGAAUGUUUAACACAAUGCUUUAUUGUACACAGAAAUAACAUUUCUGUUUAAAAUUCACAUCAAGUGGUUCUAUUUAUUUGAGUGACAAAAUUAGUACAGCUGUUAGUCCAAAGAAUCACCGGACUACAUGAAUAUCUUGUUUUACUAUCCUACAGUUAUAAUUCUCACUGGUCUCGUGUGUGUUUAAAAAAAACAAAAAAAAAAACACACACACACACACGAUCUCAUUGCUUACUGCUUCUCCCUUGUGCUGCUGUAUGUUUCAUUGUUGUGUUUUAAAGGAACAUUGUACGUAAUAUCCAAAAUAAUGUAACAUUUAAAAUAAAUACAAAAGCAAAAUAAACAACAUCACUCAACUUCUUAUAAUUCAUAGUUAAGCACUCUGUUCAGUGGACAAAUUCUUGACUGUCAAUCUUAUUUGAACCCUUCUAUUCCAAACCUGCUUGAUUCCCCAGACAGCCAAAUAAGAACACUCGUUCACAUACUUCACAAAACAGAGGGGUGAUACAUUUGACUUACAUUACAAUUGGAAUGAGUUUGGUAGUUUCACUUGUUUACCUCAGUAAAUGUUUGUUUACAACACGUAUAAUUUCCCUUUGCAUUUUCAGGAAUUAUGGUUCAUUCCACUGUUAACAGGAUGCACAGAAACAGAACAAAAAUCGAGCCUUAAUAAGAACCAACAAUUUGAGUAACAUCCAUCCCUAGCCACAGCUGUAAAUACAGUACUCUGUAUCAUGAGAAAUGAUUUACCUAUCUGAAAAAUCAGGUUAUACCUAGGAAAUCUUUUUCAGUGACAGAGAGGUUUGAAUUCAGCAGUAUUCUGUGGUUUGGACAUGUCAAUCAAUUUGGACAAGCACCUUUUGCAGGACAUCUAGAGUUAUUUUUUGUACGUUCAGCUUUUAUGUUUGAUCUCAUAAACUUACUUUAUUUAAAAAAAAAAAAAAAGAAAGAAAAAGACAGCGACUUACCUGCACAUCUAAUUCACCACAUGCAGUUUAAAGGUUGGUAUACAAGUAUGUUAGAAAAAUAGCAAGUCUCAGGUAUUGUAGUUUUACUGUAUCCAGUAAUGGUAUCCUGAACUAUUUAAAAGUAAAUGUUUGAGUGGAUUUACCUUAUCUGAAAGUAUUUACAUCAUUCAUUAACAAAGAAUAGGACUGGAGGGCAUCAAUGUAAAAUUAUAGAAAUAUAUUCCAGAAAUGCAGCAGCAUGUUUGAAGGUACUUGGUUUUUAAAAGAAUACCUUCAUAUAAUUGUUACAUGGUUAACCUGCUAAAGUUGUAUUAACUCAAAAAACAAUUAGAUUCCCGCUUGGGGCUAAUAGAGCUUGGGCUCUUGUAUAGGUCACUCGUGUGAGGACUCUUAAACACUUUUUACUAUACCUUUUGUGAUUGAGAAACAAAGCAUACCUCUGAACAUGCUAACAGGCAAUGGAAGCAUACUGUAAGACUCUCUCCUAAAAGGACGUUUUCCACCCUUAUAUUAAGGCUCUGUUCUACAAAUUCUGAUUACCGCAUUAGCACAUAAUGUGAAUGACAUGUACAAUUUAGGCCAACUACAUUGACUGCCAAGGGUGAAGUGGAUAAAGGCUGUUGUCUCCUGGCACUACAAUGAGACUGGAAUGUAAACAUGAAUUUAAGUUUCUCACUUGCUCAACUGCAGUAUGAGGCUCACAAGAUGUACCGGAGUCCAUUCUGUUUCACUCCACCAGGGGGCAGAAGAGUGGGUCCUUCAUUCUGCAGUGUGUUUUGGCGUGACAGAAGAAAUAUCCACCCACCCUACAACACCUCCCCAAUUACUGGCACCAUCCUGCAGGGGUGCAGCAUUCACACCUGGAGAUCACCCCCCACUCAGCAUUGCUGAUUGAACACCUGUGCACCAAUCUCACAAACUGCCUACAAAACAAAAACGAUGAGUAGUCCAGAACACCAGCUAGUCCCCAGCCUCUACAUGCCAUUGUCUCCCUGCAGUACUGAAAUGUGCAACAGACAGUGUUUAGUUAAUGUUACUUUUGGAUACUCACAGGCCUCUGUUCUUAGCAAUGAUUCAGUGAUUAAAUGCUGUGCAGGUGAUUAGAACACGUGCAAUUCGUAAACUUAUAUUUCUGCCAUAUUUCACAAUACUGAAUUUUAUUUCUUUAAAGAAUGAAUGGUAUUUAUACACUAACAGGAUGUUUUUUUCUUUUUUUUAUUGCAGUAGGAUUAUAAUUGUGUGGAGAUCAGGGUAAAAUGUAACCAAAACAGAACAGCUUUGUGUGUUGCUUUCUUUCUAAAAAUAAAUACAAUUAUAUUAAAACUAAUUUGCAAGUUAAUUGCAAAAUCUUAAACCUGUCAGAGGUAUAAUUCUGUAGUGCAUAUACACAUCUGUGAAAAAUAAAACAACUUGCUGAACAGUCUUGCUUAUCUGGAAAUUUAUUUUAAAAGGUAUACAGCCAAAUGUUUUGCAUCACCCUAUAGAAUUAACUAAUUUUGCUUCAUAAAGUCGAAUGAAAUCUGCUACAUAAUGUUACGUUAACAUAUUGAAUUAAAUACCGCUUGUAGUUUUUCAAUACACUUGUUCAUUUGUUAAAAUGACAAAUUUCAAAAUCUAACAUGAAAUACUGUACUGUUAUGGCUUCUGGUAGACUUCUGCAACAUCAUGUUGUAGUUUU